UAAUCCAAGGGAAACAACAAUUAGAAAGAAAGCAACCCAGAUCACACCACCACAAAUUAAACCGUAUUUUAUUACCAUCACACGCAGCCCCCUUUUCCCGUGGCAAUAAUACAAUCCUCUAUUCCUCUCUCAUGUCUGCCUUUUGAGCACAUAAACACACCACCCUCGCCAUCAUCAUGCCUAACCAAGUUUAGGCCCUAAUCAACGCUUUGCUCUGCACACCUCGCAAGAGAUCAGAGCCCCUGAAAGCUAGAAGAGGAGAUAGAGGAUAACCCACACGCCAUGGGGAGAGCGCCGUGCUGCGACAAGGCGAGCGUGAAGAAGGGGCCAUGGUCACCGGAGGAGGACGCGAAGCUCAAAUCCUACAUCGAGCAGAACGGCACCGGCGGCAACUGGAUCGCCCUGCCCCAGAAGAUCGGUUUGAAAAGGUGCGGCAAGAGCUGCCGCCUCCGGUGGCUGAACUACCUCCGGCCGAACAUCAAGCACGGCGGGUUCUCGGAGGAGGAAGACAGGAUCAUCCUCAGCCUCUACAUCAGCAUAGGAAGCAGGUGGUCGAUAAUAGCAGCGCAGCUGCCGGGGCGGACGGACAAUGACAUCAAGAACUAUUGGAACACGAGGCUCAAGAAGAAGCUCUUUGGCAAGCAGUCGCGCAAGGAUCAGAGGCAGCAGCAGCACCUGGCGCGCCAGGCGGCAGCAGCUGCCAGCGACUUGCAGAUCAAACAAGAAGCGAGCAGGGGUGCAAACGAAGCCGAUGGCUUGGCUGCCGGUGCCAAUUACACUUGGCAUCACCACCACGCCAUGGCCGUGCCUGUGCACCCGAUGUCGGCACCAAUGGUGGUGGAAGGAGGCCGUGUGGGAGACGAUGUCGAUGAGUCGAUCCGGAAGCUUCUGUUCAAGCUCGGAGGGAACCCAUUCGCGGCCUCGCCGGCACCGCCAUGCAUACCUCCACCACCAAUGUACGAGGAAGCCCCAAGCUUCGUGCCACCAUUGGCGCACGGCGUGCCGCUCAACGAAGGCGGCAUGCAGUGCUCCAGCGUGCUGCCGGCGCUGGAGCUGGACGAGAACUUCCACUUCAACCAUGUCAAGCUGGACGGGCUCGAGUGCCUCUUCGGGAUGGGAGAUCACCAAAACAUGAGAUGGAAUGAGGUGAGCCCGUUGGUUUGCCCUAAUAACGCUGUGGCGUCCAGCUCCCAAGGGAUGCAGCAGUACUGCCUAGUUGAAGAACCAGCUGACCUCGGGAUGCAGUAGCAAUUUGGUUGUGUUUCCGUGUACAUGCAUGAUUGUGUGGUGUAAAUCUGUAGCAUUCAUGGGGAAAUUAAUGGGGAAAGAUGAGAUCAAACUUCUUUGAACUAAGAGCAAUAAGGUCGAGCUCUCACCACUCCUAGAUGAGAGAUAGGUGCAUGCCUGAUUUUCCAGGUGUCUUCAUGUGAGUCUAGUCUUUAAAUGGUAUUUUCCUCUACUCUCUUACUGCCCUACAGAAACAUUUUACAUUAGACUGUACGUGUUGCAUUUAUCUGUCGCUUAAUUUGGUGUGUUUUGGCGUA